GUCUUAGACAGCAAUUUCCUGGGUGAGCCCUUCGGCUUCGAAGAAGUAAAGCAGCGAUGGCCUCGCCUGGUGCAGACUUUGGGUAUCUCGGAAGACCAGGCUUUGAAGAUCAUCGAGGCAGAUGCGACCCCUCUUUUAGUCGAGUCCGAUGCCGUCUCGGAAGUCUUGGCUCGCCUAGCUGCGAUCAGCUCAAGGGAGAAGGCCCUGGAGCUCGUGCAUCGAAGCCCUUCUCUCCUGGCUGCUGCGAUGAGUGGCAAGGCAAAAAAUGGCAUCGCCGUUUCCACGCUGGUCGACAUGCUUUACGCAGGUCGCCUGUACAAGGUGCUAGAAGAAGAAGGGCGGUCCAAUGCGGGCAAGUUAGCCGAAAUCGAACUGUAUGCGAACCUUUUGUCUGCCUUUCGGCCUUGUGUGGAUCUCGUCCUCUCGGGGCACACGGCCAGAGAUGCAAAGGAUGCCACAAGAAGAAUCUUCCGAUCGCUGCAGGACUGCGCGCCGAACGAGUCCAUUCGAGUCCUUCUCCAACGGGUCGCUGCUGCUGCAGAUCCCUGGUCUUACCUGGCUGACCAGACACGGGCCGGCUUCUCCAUUGGAAGCCGGUUGGUGGUGGAGCCAUCUCUGACCAAGAAGAUUCUUCCGCAUUCCACUUCAAUCGUGAGCCAUCUUCCCUCCAUCUACACGAGGCUGUCCAUCCUUGGGCCUCAUGUGCCCGGUAUUGUCCGAAUUUUGGAUCAGUACUUGGACAUCGUGGAGCCGCAUUUAGACCGAAUUAUGGAGAGAAUGGACCGGAUCGAGCCGCACUUGCCAUACAUCCUGCUGCACCUGGACGUGCUGGCAAAGCACUGCGGGCCUUUAUUGGACCACUUCGACUUGCUUAUGCCCUAUGCAGAACUAGGUCGUGAUCGGAAUCUUCCAAACUUGGACCAAUGCUUUGAUGAGCCGCAAGUUGCGAAGAUGGAGGAGUGUCUCGUGGACAACCUUGUGGACAACUGGGAAGGCUCUGCAGCAGCACGCGUCGAGGAGAACUCUUACCUCCCCAAGCUGCUGCCAUAUGUGGACUACCUGAUCCCGCGACUCGAUCAGCUGGCUCCACACCUGCCCCUCGCCCAUCCGCACUUGCCCUAUGUCCUCCCAUUUAUGGAUGACCUUCUGCCGUAUAUCGAGCGCUUCGUUCGCUUUCCCCAGGUAUCGAAGAACGCUGAUGUCCUCGUUGGAUACCUUGGAUGGCUUCUUAGAGUACCCUUGAUCCCCAGGAUCUUGAAGUUGCCCCUGGUGCCUCGCAUCAUCGCUUGGAUCAGCGUGCGCCUUCCGCGCAGACCUCAGCGACUAGCAAGUCUUCUACUGCUUUACAGUGAAGUAGUGAUUGUACGGGCAUUUAACAGUCUUGAUCAUGCUGAAGAUGCGGGUUGA